AUGGGCGAUUGGUUCAAAGGUGAACUCAUCGGUACCGGCUCCUUCGGUCCUGUAUAUCUGGGGAUCGAUGCCAACACGGGCACUCUCAUGGCUGUCAAGCAAGUCGAGUUGCCCACCGGCUCCACGAGUAACGAAGAACGCACGAAAAGCAUGAUCAGCGCGCUGGAGCGGGAGGUAGAGGUGCUGAAGACGCUGCAACAUGUGAAUAUUGUGCAGUACCUCGGCAAGGCGUUCGCAUGUUUGCACUGCUCUGCAUCUGACGAGAAGUUCUUCAACGUAUUCCUUGAAUACGUUCCUGGUGGCUCGAUUGCUAAGCUUCUACACAACUACGGUGCAUUUGAAGAACCACUUGUCCGCAACUUCAUCGGGCAGGUCCUGACUGGGCUCGACUACCUCCAUGAACGCGGUAUCCUCCAUUGUAACAUCAGAGGCUCUAAUAUUCUCGUUGGGAACGACGGCGUUGUCAAAAUUUCCGAUUUUUAUGCCUCAAAGCAAGUGAAAGAGAACAACGGUGGAGAGCGUACAGCGCCCCGGCCGUCCUUCCAAGGUUCGGUUUUCUGGAUGGCCCCGGAAGUCGCAAUGCAGAAAGCGGGUGCAUACAAUUGCAAGGCAGACAUAUGGAGCAUCGGCUGUCUUGUCCUUGAGAUGCUCACUGGUCAACAUCCUUGGGCAGAGCUCGAUCAGAUGCAGGCAAUGUGGAAAAUCGGGAGCAAAGACAAGCCAACCUUCCCCACUGACAUCUCCACCAAUGCGGUGGACUUCUUGAACAAGACGCUUGAUCCUGACCCGGACAACCGACCAUCAGCCAAAGAGUUGCUCCAACAUCCCUUCACAUCUGCUUCCAGAUGAACUCUGCCAUUUAUGUAUCAAUCAAGUCUACGGCCAUCAUUUCUUCCAUCUAUGUAUGCCGCUAUUCCUGGCUGGCCAAGCUUUACACUCGUGCUCGUAUUUAUAUAUCCCCUUCAUCAUAUUCCACGCCUUUUCCUUUUGUCUUGUAUGCACACCCCCCUCCUCACGGAUUCCUGUUGUAAUCAUGACAAUCGUUGC